GAGGGAGGGGGUGCAGAGCAGGAGAGAUUCAGACAGAGAGACUUGACAGUAUGAGCUUAGGAUGAGGGUGCAGAGGGAGAACGCAUAAGAUAGUGACAGAGGCAGAGGUGUUCAGUGUUGCACAAUAGUGCCAGAGGCUGCUGAAAAGAGAGUGAGGGAGAGAGAGAGAGAGAGAGAGAGAGAGAGAGAGAGAGAGAGAGAGAGAGAGAGAGAGAGAGAGAGAGAGAGAGAGAGAAAGCAGGCAUCAUGGCAGCGCUCACUGCAUCAUCACGACACAUGGGGAUGUUUGGCUGCUGCUGGUGAACACUGUGUGAUGCAGAGGAGAGAGUCGAGGACUUCCUGGAAACCAAAGGCAAGCCAAGGAAACAGGUGCGACCGGUGACACAUGAUGAGUGGGAUCCUGAAGAGGAAGCAUGAGGAGGGCCCGUCCCCUUACCUGUCCCUGCAGCGGUCUGACGAUGAAGUUUCCUGCAGCGACAGCGGCAACAGCAGUGAUAGUCUCAACCACCCCGUCCCCUCUGGGCUGCUGGACUCCACUCUCCAGCAGCAGUCGAAGCGACUGCGGGGCCGCAACGUGCACUUUGAGAGCGUGACAGUGUACUACUUCAACCGUCGGCAGGGUUUCACCAGUGUGCCCACACAGGGUGGCAGCACCUUGGGGAUGUCACCACGUCACAGCGGGGUGAAGCGCUUCACCCUCAGGGAGUUUGCAAUGGAGCAGAAACUGAGCCAUCGGAACAUGCUGAGGGAUCAUCUCAAAGAGGAGAAACUCAAUGCCAUCAAACUCAAACUGACUAAGAAUGGCACUGUGUCAUCCGUGGAGGCAGAUACCCUGACACUGGAUGACAUCUCCGAAGAUGACCUGGAUGUGGACAACACAGAGGUGGAUGAUUACUUCUUCCUCCAGCCUCUGACUACCAGGAGGCGCCGCACCCUACUCCGUGCCUCGGGGGUCCGACGCAUUGAUGUCGAGGAGAAGCACGAGCUGCGUUCCCUACGAAUGUCCCGAGAGGAGUGUGGCUGCCGCUGCCGGGGGAUAUGCAGCCCAGAGACCUGUGCUUGCAGCCUGGCCGGCAUUAAGUGCCAGGUAAAUGGAACUGUGGUGGACCGCAUGUCCUUCCCUUGUGGCUGCACCAAAGACGGCUGUAGCAACAACACGGGCCGCCUGGAGUUCAACCCGGUCCGGGUUCGCACCCACUUCCUGCACACCAUCAUGAAGCUGGAGCUGGAGAAGAGCCGCGAGGAGCAGCAGCAGCAGCAGCAGCAGCAUCAGCAGCAGCAGCCGGAGCAGCAGCUUGUAACCAAUGGCAACAGUUACCAUGGAGACUCCUCCUUGGCCCAGCAACAGCAGCAGCAGCCGAACCUGCAGUUUCCAUUGAUGAGUGGCACGCCGCACAUUCCCAUCAUGCACCUCCAGAACACAGGCGACACAAAUUUACAUCUACAUGAAGAGGAGGAAGAGGAAGAAGAGGAGGAGGACGACGACGAUGAAGAUGAUGAUGAUGAUGAUGAAGCGUACGAGGAAGAUGAGGAUGGCAGCAGUGUUUGCAGCGGGCUGUCGGACUGCAGCACACACAGCUUAGACACAAUCGACCCCGAGGAAGAAGAAGAGGACGAGGAGGAUGAAGAAGACGAGGAGGAUGAGGAAGGUGAAGAAGAAGACGAGGAAGAUUGGGAUUGCUCGUUGCAAGGAACGAGUCCUCCGCCCUACUCGGUUCCACUCCCGUCUGUGCUGAGUUACUCUAAUAUAAGCCUCAGUAACCCCUUCCACAGCACUCCCUCCAUGCAGCAUUAUCAAACAGACACUCCUGCUUUUCUCAGUGAAAAUGUCCCCGUCGUCCCCACACUCCCCACAGUAGAGACCGCAUUACAGUCUGAAAUAAACCCAAAACUCAGCUGCCAAACAUGCCAUUUCCCUGACCCCACCGAGUCUUUGAAGCUCCAAACUUGCUCACAUGUAGACGCCCGUGAGAGUAACACUGCCCCCGCUGGUGCAGCCGACAUACAGCCGCCCACGACAGACCUCCAUAACAAUCCAGACCAGCGUGACUCACAGACUGAUGCUUCGGCUGGGUCUGAGGAGCAGACAGAGGAGGAAGUAUUGGAGCCCAUAAAGGAGCAACCAGGACUGCAAAAGCAGGCAGACGGGGCUCAAGUCACAAACACGUCACGUUCAGAGAGUACCUGAUGAUUCAAAUGCUUUAGACAGGGAUCCGUUGAUUUUUGGAAAUCUUUAUUCAAGAAUUGUGCCCUUCAAAUAUCAGUUUGAUAAAUGCACUUCCAAAGAGAGAAUGAGUGUUGCAGAGUCGGACACAGAAGGCUCUAAGAGGUGAUCUAAUUUAAACUCAAUUCGUCUCUAAACCUUUCUUAGAUUGUUGGUUUAGACUGUAACUAUAAAAAGUUCAUUGACAAAGCUAAAUAAAACAGUGUUUCUUUAUGUGACUAUAUGGAGUAUAAUUUAUGCCCUCUCAUAAAGUCUUUGAUCAUUACAGCAUGUUUCCUGGUUGUGACUGGCAUCUAUGACAAAUCAAGAUUUUGAGGUGCUUGUAUUGUUUCACUAUUUUCCAUUGUGCUGGUGUCUCAUUGAUGCUGCUAAUCGUUUUUAAAUGCCUGUCUGUAUCGCAUGUGUUCAGUUUACCUAAGAUGUUUCAAGGAUUAACACAAACUGUAAAGUGAUAAAUGAUGUCACUGGCAAAACACUGAUAUUUAUAUCGACACAAAAAUCUGUUUUAAUUCAUACUGAAGCUCUUUUUUUGGUUCCUUUUUGUGCACACAUUUGAGCUUUUCUAUCAGCGUGUCUUUGCUCCAGACUUCUUAGUCAUGAUUUGCCAUGACAUUUUGUAUGAUAACUUUGGACAUCCCUUAAAGCAGCUUUAAAUAUUUUCAUACAAACAAUGCAGUCACUUGUAGAGAUGUAGCCAUGAGCAAUUAUCACCGACUCUGCAGUUCCCCUAAGCUACGUAACGUUUUAACAUCUUUCAGCUCAUUGUUUUGGUUUUCAGGCCUGUAGAUGUAGGCCUACUGUUUAUGUUCAAUCACAGCUCUCCUAACUUAGAUUUUGGCCGCAGCAGGCAGCUGUUUUGCCCAAAAAUGCUCUGAAUAACAUCAAACGGCAGACAAAGUUAGCGACUAGCUAGUGAACAUAGUGGAGCACUUAAAGUGCCACAUUCUUUCUUCAGGAGUUAGUGAAGAGCUAAAAGAAAAGUCAAUAUUAGACUUAUAUUCAUCAGGUGGACAGAGACAUGACUAAAUGAUAAUGUUGCUCCAUGUCUGCGUGUUAGCCGUAGCAGCUUAAACUGUGAUGCUAGGUCAGUAUUGUGUUUACAGCUUCUUUCAGAUGCCCAACAAAAUCAGUGAUUGCAAGUUUUCAUCUUGUGCCAAAAUGUUACUCUUUGUCUACAUGCAACACAAGUGACGUUCCCAUCAGCCUCAGCUGUACUUAAGUGGUAAUUAGCUAAUGUUACAUGCUAAAUUAAGGUGGUUAACAUCUGCAUGCUAGCAUUGUGAGCAUGUUAGCAUGCUGACAGUAGCAUUUAGCUUAGAAAAAGUUAUUCUCAUAACGUUAAAAUGUAUUAUACUGUAAUGUUGACGUGUCAAAAUGCUGCCAACAUAUCUACCAAAAAGUACCUCACUAUAGAAAUAAACAUCAUGACCUGAGCAAAUCAAAUUCUGUUUCUUUUUUUCUGCCUGUUUGUGGAUGUUAUUUAUCAUUUUACAGUUGUGUGAACAAUGUGAUAAACCUGCACUUUUUUAGUUUUCAGAUAACUUAAGGCUUUAGUUAUUAACGUCGUCUCAACACUGCCAAAACUGGGGGCCAAAUAUAUUUCAUGUUCUUUUUAAUGCAACUGUACAUUUCCAUGAGUGUGAAUAAAAAAAACCUCUCAGUUUAAA